CCAUAGCGCGCCCCUUUCAAUACCUUAACCCAAUGAAAGUUAUUUCGGCGUAAGCAUAUUAUAUGUGCUAUUCCGAUAGUUCCUUGAGCUUACACUGGCAGUGACCGACAAUGGCGUUCUGAAGGAAAUACGCAAGCGUCCAAAAUGGCACGCUCAGAUGCAGGCUCUGAGCGCUCUGGGGGGAUGUCUGAAACGUCGUCAGCUGCGGAUGCUAUGGAGCGACUUCACAAGCGGCAUGCAGCAGGAAUGAAUCAGGAAGAGGAGGAGGAUCUUUUGGAGCAAAACAAAACGCUGCAAGAAGCGGUCUUUACAAGCAUGUACCUGCUCGCCAAAAACAAGCGCGCAGACAAUUGGAAAUUGGCGACCACCAAGAUCCUCCUAGAGGCGCUCAUACCCUUCCUCGUGGUCUUCAACCCCAACCACUGGCCCAUUGACACCUCCAACCCGCUGUGGCAAGUCGUGCGCUGGCUGUUGCCACGGGUGCCCAUCACAAAAAUCUGGGGCUACGACACCUAUAUGGGGAUAUUUUAUUUUCUCGUUGCGCUGAUAUUCGGAGUGGUAGCAGCCAUCGCAGCGCUCACCCUAGCAAUGCGGAAGCAGGAAAACUCCAAGUGGCUUAAGAAGUUUGCACGGCUGCUCCAAAUCUUCACGGAUGCAAUGUUCGGCAUGUUGUAUGUGGCCAUAUUCGACUUCAUCGCUUUCCUCUUCAGCUGCCACUACGGGGCGAAAGGCGGAGCAUAUCAUGACUACUGGCCGGAUGUUAAGUGCCUGUCCGGCAAGCACCUAGCUCACCUUGUAGCCGCGGGCGUGACGGCGGUGGUGUUCUUCGUGACAACCGGCCUCAUGUUGGUUGCCGGUUGUGAGUUAAGCCCGUUGGCGCGGGGGAUCACGGCCUCACCCGCGGCCGCAACACGACUCAAGGUGUUGGUGCUCAAGGCCUUCUACGUCAUCGCCGCCGUGACGCUGGUGUCGCUGGGCAAGCUGCAAUCCGUGCUCAUGUUUGUGUCUGUGUUCCUCAUCACCUACUUCAACAUCAAGACGCUGCCCUUCCUCCGCAUGUACGUCAACUACGCCUGGACGGCAGGCUGGUUCGCCGUGACAUACCUGGGCUGCGUCCACAUGGUCAUGGACUUUCACAACCCGGACGAUGACCCGCACGUAGGCCGCCGCUACAUGCACAUUGUGCUGUACGGCGUCUUCCCUGCUGCUCUGUUCGGGGCCGGCGUGACCGCUCUUUGGGCACACAACCGGCUGCGACCUGCGGCCAAGUUCCUCGAGAUAGAGCCGGACAAGGUUGUGCUUCGGAAGGUCCACAAGUUCUGGUCCCCAGAGGAUGUGGAGGUCAUUGCUCGCAGCAUGCGGCGCUUCAACUCGGAUGGAGUGGUGCUGGAGGAGCGCGCGCUGCUGGGGGGCGUGAUCAUCAAGGCCGGCAUGGCUGUGUUCCCCGGCCACGUGGGUCUGCUGGUGCUGUACGCCAACUAUCUGAUGGAGGUGCGCGGGGAUGGACCCGCGGCACGAACACACCUGCAGCUGGCACUCAAGGGGGGGCCCAGCCUGGUUCAGCGAUAUCAGAUUUUUAGCACGGUAGAAAACAGCAAGCGGCUGAAGGACGGCCAGGAGGGCGCGCUGGACCUGCAGAGCUACGUGGAGUUCAAGCGCAACUACCGCGCCGUCAUCCGCGUGCACAAGGCGGCGCUCACCGCGCAACGCGAGUUCUGGCAGCUGCUGCAGCGCUCGGCCGUGCGCAUGUCGGCGGUGGAGGAGGCGUUGAAGGCCAUGGAUCGCGCCACUCAGGCGGCACAGCAGGUGUACCUGCGCGUGCUGGAGCGCUACCCCAGCAACGGCAAGCUGCUGCGCUGCUACGGCAAGUUCCUGGAGGACGUGAAGAACGACCCGGCGGCGGCGGGCAGGGCAUAUGUUGAGGCGGCGAGGAAUGGGGGUAGCGAUGGACUGCUGUCGCUAGACCUGCAGGUCACCGGGCCCGACAAGCCCGAGUUCCUGACGACCAUGGACCUGCACGAGGAUGCAUGCAUCGUGAUCAAUGCCGAGGGAACCAUCCUCAUGGUUAACGCGUGCGUCACGGACCUGCUGGGCUACUCGCGGUCUGAGCUGGAGGGUGCCAACGUGAGCAUGAUCAUGCCGCAGCCCUUUGCGGGGCGCCACAGCUCCUACCUGGCUCACUAUGUGCAGGGCGGUGUGCCACAAAUCCUGGACACGGUUCGUGACGUGGUGGCGUUGCACAAGGAGCGCUACGUCUUCCCGCUGCAGCUGUGCGUCACCAAGCUGUCGGGCAUUGGCACCGAUUCGGUGUUUCUGGGCCUGCUGCGGCCUGCGCAGCUAGACGCGCACAACGUCCGGAUCUGGGUUUCACCCACCGGCGCCAUUCUGUGCGCUGAUCCGCAAUUCGCCAGUCUGACUGGCAUGCAGGGAGAGGAGAUGGUAAACUGCAAUUUCCGUAACCUGGCUACGGACAUGACGGCGGUGGACGAUCUUUUGGAGAAAUGCCGUAACGCCCACUACGCGCUGCUACGCCGGGGAGGCAUCGAGACAUGCAUCGAACUGGCGCACAAGUACCUCCCUCCGAUCCCCGUCAAGAUCCGAGUCACGCCGGGCGGCACGGACGCCCAACGCAUCUAUGUGCUGAACGCGCACCGCAUCGACGGCAACACGGACGGCCUCAUGGUGGUUGACUCCAAGGGCACUAUCAACUUUGCAACCUGGGACGUGGCGGCGCUGCUGGGCUACCCGCUACGCCAAUUCCUCAAAAUGAAGCUCGAGCAGCUGCUUCCAGAGCCCAUUGCAACCAUGCAUGGAACCUAUGUACGGGACCCGCCGCACACCAUCCUGCCCACCAGCUGCCGGGCAGGUCGUGUCGUACACUUGGUCAACAGCAACGGCACGAGUGUUGCCGUACGGCUGCGGAUCACGUCCAAAGAAGACGACGUGGCUCUGUCGGGCGGCCGGGUGAAACACGUGAUGCAGGUUGCCAAGGUGGAUGCCUCCAAUCCCGUCGCCAUGUACCACGACAAGCGCCUGGUGCUGUUGUGCUCCAUGGACGGCAAGAUCCUGUCCGUGGACCAGCCCGACUCCGCGCUGUUUGGUUUCGCAGCGGGCGCAACCGUGGGUACCUACCUCGCGGACUGCAUCGACGUCUUUGCGGAAUGGCGUGAGAAGGCCGGCGGUGACCAGAUGCAGCAGCUGCUGCUGCUGAGUCUGCUUGAUAAGGAGAAUGAGAUGCCGGGAACCAGCUGGCGGGUGAAGGUGCACAGCCCGGAUAGUGAGGACCGCCUGCCGCCGAUCGACCCCCGCAUGCCGCACCAACGUCACGCAAGCGGCCGUAGCGCCUGCCUGCAGGCAGAGCUCGUGGAUGUGGACUCUGCACUGAAGCUGGCUGCGGCUGCAGGCGGCGACGAGGAGGGCGGCCAGGAGGGGUCGGGCACGCAGCAGGGUGUGGCGUCCAGGAGGCAUUCACUGCUGCUGGGGUUGCCAGCUCGGUACUCCUCGAACGGCAUCGGGGCCAACAGCAUCGGAGGCGGUGCCAGCGGCAAGGGGGAUUUGUUGAUGAGCGAGGACCUGCAUGGGAAGACCGUGGCAAGGAUUAUCCUAUGGCGCCGUGAUCUGCUGAUGGGUGUGGUCGAGCUGGACGAGCAUCUUGUCGUGCGUAAGGCCGACGUCAGCACUGGGCUCAUAGUGGGUCUGCCUCCCUCUGCGCUGCAGCGCAUGCCGCUACACAGGCUUCUAGACAUCCCCAAGGGUGCCAUCUGGAAUGAGCUUAUGGUCGACAAGAAGGCCGGCAACAGAAAGAAGCGGGAAAGGAGCGCGCUCAAGGGGGCCAAUGUGGUGUCAGCAGCCAAGGCCUUUGUGGGCUCACACCCGGACGGCGGCUCCAUGCGCAUCAUGAUACAGGGCGUCCGCAGCAGCACUGGUGGCAACAUCACCGCCACCCUCCACCCGGACACGGCAUACGUUGGGGCGCGCGCAAACGUGUACCGCUCAUUGGGACUUGAAGCUCUGAUUACAAACACACAGGGUUCUCAGCAGCAACAGCAACAGCAGCAGCAGGAACAGCCGCCAGCAGUGACGUCGUCUCCAUACCCACAGCCGCCACUGCAGCAGCAGCCACUGCAGCAGCAAGUCCAAUCCUCUGCCCUUACUACGCCAUUCGCCUCGACAUGGGCUCAAGAGCACCUGCAGCAGCAGCAGCACCACCACCAUCACCACCACCAUCAAGAGCACCAGCAGUCACACAUCCACCACCAGCACUCCGCCAAUCGCCAUGUGGUAGUGGUAGAUAGCAUCGGUUCAGGUGCAGCGGCCCGUGCCAGUAGCACGGGGGGCACCCUUGGCGGCAAGGGAUCAGCUGUUGCUCCUCAUGACGCAGAGUCUUAUCCCUCGCUUUCCUCGGGCCCUGCUGAUAACGAGGCGUGCAGCCAGGAUCCCCAUGCACGUGUUAACGUAAGCAGCGGCAGCAGCAGCGCCGACGGCGACGGUGACGAUGACAAGGACGGCGAGGAAGCGGACGGCCGAGAGGAGGAGCAGCGCAACAAUGAGACAGAGGCCGCCAAAAUGUACAAGCGCACCCAUAAUCAGUCAGAGUUUGUGGCGCAGUGGGUACAGUCAGUGGCCAGGCACAUGGCCGCAGCGUUGGAACAGAUCCUCCAAGCGGCAGCCACUCCAGGAGAGGCUGGCGCAGGACCCGCUGUGAGGCAAGGAAGCAGCCUGAAGCGCCGAGCUUCAGGCCAAAGCAUCUCUCCAAGCCCUGAACCCGGGGCAGCAGAAGGUGAAGGUGACCGAUCGCACCACCAUCACCACCACCAUCAUCAUCACCACCAGCAGCAGCAGCUGGCCCUGCACCACUACCUCUCAACCCAGACUACAGAUAACGGCGGGGCCAAUGGUUUGACCAGUCCGGACGUGGCAGCAGCGGUCGCGGUGACGGCACCUCUGACCGGUCAUGGAAGCGCCGGCGGCAGCGCUCUACAACCGUUGUACUGCAACCCGUUCGUCAUUGGCGGCGGCUUUGACCCGUUGAGCCUCCCCGUGUCGGCGGAAGCCGAGCGGGCGCGGACGUCAGCCUCUGGGCAUGAACUUGGGUCACAUGCAAAUUCGCCACAGUUGACAUCGCCGCCAGCUGGUGAUGCACCGACAGUGCAAAUAUCGGUAGGGCCCCAAUUGCGGACUGGAGAGGCGGCGGGGGCUAUUGAGGCUAUCACUUUGGCGUUGGAUGAGGUUAAUAAUGAGCACCACAAGGGCCUUGCGCAAGCUCCGUUCAAGCGCGGAGAAAGCACUGGCUUCAACUGGCACGCCCUGGACAGAAAGCGUUCGGAUGAGGACGUGGACGAACCCUCAGGGCCCGGCAGUGAUGGUGGCGGGGGUGGUGGAGACACCGGCAGUGUGGCUGGAGACGAUGAGGACGGUAUCGGUGCUGCGGCCGGGCAAGCGCUCUCCGACAUCGCUUCCACCACGGAGUUGGACGUUAAUGUGGACGCCAGGCGGGCCCGGCUGCUGAAGCGCAUGAAAAAGGUGCUAAUUGGCCCUUCCCUCUCGGAGCCCCUCGCACGGCUGUUCCUCCGCACGCUGCUGCUGCUGUUCUGCAUGGCAGCGACGCACGCUAUUUGCUACGUUGUGUUGAUGCGCCUGAUAGACUCCCAGUACACCCACGUGCACCAGCUCCACCGCGUGGCGCUAGCGGCGGACAGGUGCCAGGUUGCCAGCAUCAAGGCCACGGUUAUGGACUUCUGCUCGCAGCCCGACAUAGCGCCUGUAAGUUUCUGUACGCCGAGCCUAAACUCCACUGUCAUUGAUAUGCGGGCCGCUCUGGACGACCUGGAGAGCUACCACCAGGGUACCUACUUGGGCACGGGAAAGGUGCCAGAGGAGGUUGGUGAUCCGCUGCUGCAAGCACUGUGGACCAAUCCCUUGCAGUCAUACAGGUUCUACAUGGACCUGUCUGAGCCCCGCUGGACCAACUUGACUGCGGGCGUGUGGCAGCUGGGAAACCGGUUCAUAGCAGCGGGCAGGGAGCUGCUGUACUGGGGCAAGGCCCUGGAGGGGCGCAUCGGCUCUACUCGUUCCUUUAGAUUUCUGCUGUUCAACGGUCACUGGUCACUGUUUUCCGCCUACGCCGCGUCCCUGGACCUUGUGGCCCGCGCUGCGUGGGAGGACGUGACGACGUUGCAGCGCAGCCUUGUGAUCCUGCUGCUGGUGGAGGCGGCGCUGGUGCAGCUGGCGUGUAUCUGCUGGGAGUGGCUGCUCGUGCGGCGGGUGGAGCUAGGGCGGCGGGGCGGGCUGCUGGCGGGGCUGGGGCUGCCGGGACCCAUCCUCCGGGUGCUGGCCAGCAAGCCGCUGGUGGUGCUAGAGGACAGCGAGGACGAGGAGGCCGAGGACCAGGCAGCCAACACAGACGGACAUGAGGGCCACACCUCCCGCCGCCACUCCACAGAUGGUUACGACGAUCUCACGGCCGCCACCUCCGCUGCCGACCUCGAUCAGGCGCUGCGGGAGGGGCAAUCGCGCACCCGGCGACGGUCAUCUAUGGAGUACGCGCCCAUUCGAAUCUCCUUCCCGGGCACUGCCGGCACCGCUGAUGAGGGGGGUGUUGAAGGGUAUGGCAAUGGCGAUGACGUCGACGGCCGCAAGGGCAAUAUUGUCGGUGCAGAAGGCAGCGGGGGGUUCGCAGCAGCUCCCAUGAGGCCGCGGGUGGAGACGGAGGAAGGGGACGCUGGUGGUGGUGGUGACCGGCCCCGACGUCGCGUUCAACUGGCUGUGGACCGGCCCCGGCGUGUGUCCAUAGAGACUGGCGAAGCACAGGUUCACUACAUCGAGAGGAAGGUGGAGGCGGUAGCGGCCGUAUCGACAUCUUCGAUGGCGCCGCGGCAAGAAUAUCGCCAAAGUUCCAUGGAUACCGGGCCGAUAAGGACCCCGGCGACCACGGCUGGGGAUGAGGCUGGAGAAGGCGCCGGCCAUCCUGGUAGCGACUUGGGUGGCAACCCAAACAUGCAGCAGCAGCGUCUAGUCCGGAUAUCCAGCCCGUCAGGACCAAGAAAACAGCGCAGCCCUGAACCACGGGUCCGGCUGUUCGAUGACUCACCGCCGCGGCCUGUCGUGCCCGUGUCUGCUGCCGGGUUGGACGCCGAUCCAGAUCCAAGGGAGAAAGCCGCUCCCGUGAUGGAGCUUCUGCGUGGUAGCGGCGGCGGUGCCGGCAGCCCUACAUCCUCAUCCGGCAACCGACGCAGUGCAGCACUCAUUGCGUGGCAGAGCGCUGGGCGGUUGGCGAUUAACGGCAAGGUGCUAUCAGCCGGUUGGCGGCACUACUUCAAGUUUAUGGCGCCGCUGGUGCUGUGGGAGAUCGCGCUGGUUGCGUCCGGCGGCAUCAGCUACCUGCUGCUGGAGGGCAUGCAGGGCCCGCUGGCCUCGCUCAACAUGGCAUCCCACGUGCUGUACCGCUACACCCGUGUAAGGAUGCUGUCUCUGCUGCUGGUGACGAGCGCUUCUGCCACUGAGCGAGCCUCGUGGCGCUCCGUGCUGAGCUACGAGCUAGGCAACCUGGAGAACGAGUACGACACACUGUUGUACGGCGGUACGGCCAUAACACAGAACGGCAGCGUGUUUACGCAUCCGGUGCCAUCAUCAACGUUCGAGAGCUCCUCCUUCUCCUCCAACUUCUUCAAGGAGCAGCGCUGCUUCCGCUGGGACCAGAGCCAGUGCUACACGGAGGGCAGCCCGUACUAUGAGGUGACCCACCACGGCCUGGACGUCAUGAUGCGGCGCACCAUAUCGGAGAUGAGCCUGCUGGUGCAGGACGCGGAUGCGGAUGCGACGUACAACGGCACACGGUAUACCACCAUUUACAUGGUGGGCGUGAAGGACCUGUAUGAGGGGCUGCAGAGCAGCGCUCAGCUGUUCGUGGACUUCAUGCUGAGCAGGUACACCAACGUCAAGCUGCUGCAUACCGUUCUGCUGGCCGCCACCAUCGUGCUCUUUAUCCUUUACGCCCUGCUCAUACUUCGGCCCUACCGCACGGCGAUUGAACGGGAAGCUGUACGACUGGCUGGCAUCCUCAGCCACGUGCCGGCAGAGGUGGACGUACUGGCUCACACACGACAGGUGCUGCGAACGUACGAUAAACUCAUCCUGGAGCCUGCCGCGUCCAGGCCCGGAGCUGCUGCUGGAAAGGGCGGCGGUGGUAAGUGGCGGCGGCGGCGGCGAAGUGAGGUUGGAGCAGCAGCCACGUCAGCUGGUGCAGGAGGAGGAGGGGGCGGAGACCGGAUAUCGCCUAACAAGCUAGGUGGGAAGGGGUUCCAGGGUGUGCAGCCACGCCGGGGCAGUUCCCCAAGAAUGCCAAAGCAGAGAGUGUAGUGGACAGUUGGUGGAAGCAAGUACGGCUUGUCAUGCCUCGCCGAUUGGAUGGGCAAAGUGGCUGGGUCCAAGGUUUGAUUGGGGCAUUGGGUUGCACUUGGAUGUGCACGGGUUUCAUAUGUUGGUAAAGGCAGCCGAGCUGCGAAGAAACUGCAUGCAUGUGCCAGUGUCUUCCUAGGUGCACCAAUGCAUCAAAGCAAGGGUCAGCGUUGCACUGCAGUGCGAAUUCAUUAUGUCGUUUAGUUUCUCCUUCGGGUGCAAGUGAGUGAUGUAUUCAUUACAAUCAGCAGCCUUAAUGCAUUCUAGGGGACCCGUUGACCUAGGAUCGGGUGAGAAACACGAUCAUACUUCCUGUUGCAAAAUUCAUACGAGUGGGGAAUCCGGCAGUCGCUUUCGACAUAUGAACUAUGGUUGCAUUUGUGCAUGCAGUGGCGGGUUACGACGGCUGUCUGUAGACCGAAACUAGCCAUAUUAAUCGGCGGGUAGGGUGGAGUACCAGUCGCCGUGGUUGCAUUGGGGUUCACCCCGGGGUUCCCAGGGCUUUAGAGAGGAAGUGUUUUACAGGCUGCGCAUUCUGCUAUUUACGGCGCUUCAAUGCUAGGACUGCCUUACAGAUGAAGAGAUAGAAGAAACUCGUGUUUGAGAGUGAGAGGAGUGACUCGUCCAUGCAGGGAUGGGAUCGGAUGUUGCAGUCGGAUGUUUGACGUUGUGCGCGCCUCCCUUGCAAUCCUUUUAGGGCCGUCACAGUGUGUCCAUGUGCACACAGCUGCGUGCACACCAGCUAACCAUCGCAAUGCACCUACCAAUGCUCAUACCUUCCCUGAGGAGUUUCCUCAGCCAGGGUUCUGACCCUUUUGCAUUGAGAUGUACGGGCAGGUUACAUAAUGUACGGGCCAAUUCAGUUGCUUGAUUAUCUGGGCAGAUGCAAGGCAUUUCUUAACAUGAGAUGUCGGGAUUCUAAAAACUGUGUGGUGCCUUUCGCUGCAACACCAGCUGCUUGCUUUGGGACGUGAACGUGUAACGGAUGCAUGUCUAUGCGAAGUAGUAAGUAAGGGGCUGAUGGGUUGUCUGCCCAUUCGACCAUUUACUUAUUCAUGCUCAACUAAGCGUGACUUUAAAGCUGAUAACAGCGGCAAAGCACGUGGUAUCUGCCUUGUGUUAGGUAGGACGGUGCUUUUUCCUAUGUUAUCGUCCUCGCAAGCGUGCUUACCGGUAUCGUGGCUGGGCCUCGUCGUGUGUUACCGAGGUUCGCCAGGGACCUGAAGUAGGAUGAAUGUUGACAGUUUCCGAAUGUUCCCGAAGCUUGCACAUGUGAACUGGCGAGCUUCGGGGGUGCUAAACAGGUGCUAAGCGCCCAUGCAAUGGCUUUGUUCUUCAGUCUUACUACAGACUCGUUGAGUCGUUUGUGCGUGUGUGUGUAUUCUGGCCCUAAGUCUGGUAUGUUCCCAUCUCUUCUUUCACUCGCUCUUGGCUUGGAGAACACUCACAGCUGAAGUUGGUGAUAUGGCAGAGGCUGACUGUGGCCACAUACCGGUAGAGGGGCGCGAGCGCCGUUAACACUUGGACCGUGCGUGUGACAGGCUGCAGUGUUUAAUUUAAUGUUCUUGUCAAGAUGCAAUGCUACCAAAUGCCGUGAUUAUAGCUAGCUGCACGGGGCUGCGGCACUUUAGCAGGACCUUAGCGCUUUAGUCCAGGAUCAGGACGUGGCAAGAAUUUAUCGUUGAAGUGACCCAUGGUUCACAGUACCCUACUCACAUGACAUACAGAGCUGUACGUGUAAUUAAUUACUAUUC